AUGGAACAGGCUCCCAGGGAAACAAAGGAUGGAAAUCGGAACUUGAAAAUGUCGCAUGUCCUACUAUGGGGUGUCACCAGCGAGGAUGAUUACCGAAGCACCGCCGGUAGCCAGCCACUCCGAGCCCUAAUCUCGCCAAAAGCAUUUAUUGUUCCUCCCCCGCGACAAAUUCUCUCCUCCCGUACAGAAACCUUUAGGUUGUGA